AAAUAAAAUUAAAUAACGUUAAAACAUACCUUGUUACCACUAAAAUGGCCGGACCUGCCUAUGGAAAAAAAAUUGCGAAAGAAAUUUUCAACCAUUCUGUAAGUGCUGUAAUGCCAGACCAUCUUGUUAAAAAGACAAUACAGAGAUGCGGAAACCAAUUAAUUCAAGGAAACCAGUCGUUCAAUUUAAACCUUAAUGUAUUCGUGGUUGGAUUUGGGAAAGCAGUAUGCGGCAUGUGCAGAGCUGUUCAGGAUCUUGUAGGAGACCAUAUUGUGGGUGGGGUACUGAGCGUUCCACAUGGUAUAAUACAUGAUUUAAAGGCUAACAACAAAAGCCACUUACUUCCACUGAAUGAUGGGAAAAUAGAAGUACUGGAAGGAGCAAGGUAUAAUACUCCAGAUCAGGCUUCCUUUGCUUCUACUCAAAAAAUAAUUAAAUUAUGCAAAGAAGCCAAAGAAAGUGAUUUAAUAUUGUCACUUGUAACAGGCGGUGGAUCAGCACUUCUCAAUUCCCCAAUACAUCCAAUAACCAUCAGUGAUAUGUGUAAUGUGGUGAAGCUACUCACAGAGAAGGGAGCCACUAUUCAAGAUAUGAACAUAGUUCGUCAACAAAUAUCUCAAGUUAAAGGUGGCAAGUUGGCUCAGAUGUCAACACCAGCAACGAUGUGGAGCUUGAUAUUAUCAGACAUCAUUGGUGAUCCAUUACAUCUGAUUGCAAGUGGACCCACAGUUCCUACAAGCAACACAUGCACAGAUGCAAUGGCUGUGGUUGAAAAGUAUGGUUUGAGUAAUAUGCUCCCACAAUCUGUGCAGUUAGUUUUAAACGAUGGUCUUCGCACUACUCCAGAGAAAGUGUUAGGAACGCCCAACAUUGAUAAUAUUUUGGUUGGAAAUAAUAUAAUUGCAGUAGAAGCAGCAUGUGCAAAGGCGCAAGAAUUUGGUUGCACUACUCUUGUCUUGAGUUCUGCAGUGCAGGGUGAAGCAAAAGAUAUUGGAACAAGCUUCAUGAAAAUGGCUUCUGCUAUAACUAAACUGGUGCUAGAACCUGAAAAUAGGCUGAAUACCGAGCAUGAAAUUAAAGAGCUUUUAAAAACUAUUCUCCCAGAAGAAUCAAUUCAAAAGUUCAUUGAAGAUGUAAAGGAUGUUGUGUCCUUUGAUAACCCUGUGUGUAUAAUUGGUGCUGGAGAAAGCACAGUAAAUUUGAGCAAGCAACAUGGUAAAGGGGGUAGGAACCAAGAAAUGACACUCUCUGCUCUUGUGGAACUCCAAGACCUUUUUCAACACAUGUCUGGAGUUAAUGUGUGCUUUUUAUCUGCGGGCACUGAUGGACAAGAUGGUCCCACUGACGCUGCUGGAGCAGUUUUCUCUACUUUAGAUUACAGUGACAUUGAUAUUGUAAUAGCAAAAGAGCAUUUGAUACGACAUGAUUCGUACAACUUCUUUAAGCACCAUUACAAAGAGCUGGUAACAUGUGGAAUGACGGGAACUAAUGUGAUGGAUAUUCACAUUCUUUUGCUGUCCCGCAGCAAAAAAUAACUAUGUGCAAUAAAUACAAAUUAUUAUA